CUCCGAACAGACGCCACUCCCAACGUCCUUUCUCAUAUAUAUACAUAUAUACAUAUAGAAAUUGACAUGGAGGAUGAAGAAAGCUUACGUCAUGGAAGCUUCAUGCGUGAGGCUCUCAGUAUGGCAGAGCUAGCACUCGAAAGCGACGAAACACCUGUGGGAUGCGUUUUUGUGCAUGAUGGUAAAAUUAUUGGCAAGGGUAUGAACGACACCAAUAGAUCUCUCAAUGGCACGCGACAUGCUGAAUUUGUUGCUUUAGCAGAGAUCCUGGCUAAGUACCCACUAAGUAUAUUGAAAGAUACAGAUCUGUAUGUGACCGUCGAGCCUUGUGUUAUGUGUGCCUCAGCACUUCGGCAGUACGGCAUUCGGUUCGUCUAUUUCGGAUGCUGGAAUGAAAGAUUUGGUGGAACAGGCGGGGUUUUGAAUAUUCAUGAUGACCCUUCCGUCGACAAGUCGCUGCCUGUUAGAGGCAACAUAUUUCGAGAAGAAGCCAUCAUGCUCCUGCGCCGAUUCUAUGUUCAGGAGAACGAAAAGGCGCCAGCACCUAAGCAAAAGAAAACGCGCGAACUCAAGACGGCGAUCACGCCGCUGGAGUUCAAGAAGUGA